AUGCUCCUCGUGCAAGUUAGCAGGCGCAUCGUGUCUGGGCUUCGAUCCCGCAACACGGAAGCCUGUUCCGAGAAGUCCCUUGAGGCUCGUGUGGCCGAGCUCGAGGCACAAGUGCUUGCUUCUCGCGGAGGACAUCAACAAUACCCCCCCUCAUUAAUGGCCUCGAAAAUCGCCCAAGCGACAAUAUCCUUCGGCACACCUAUCACUGGCUCGUAUCCUCUGUCCAAGAUUUCGCCAAAUUUAUUCAUGCGCCCCUCAUGCCCUCCGUUGGCCAUCUCAGCCAUCGCCCGCGGCCCUGGUUCAGAGCUAGGAUCAGAUCAAAGAACCGAGACCCAUGGCUCUCCGGCCAACAGGGAUGGUACAAUCUACCCCGCAACCCCCCCCUACACGAGCAAUUUGAUCAACCUCAAAAACAUUCCAAACUGGGCCCUCGAACGAAUGGUGCGUAACUAUGCCGACACUCACCUUCCACAGUACCCUUGCAUUUCAGAGGCACUACUGGAAAGUAUUGUCAAGCGUGCAAAGGACGAAGCAACUCAAGACCCGGGCUCUCCCUUGACCCAUGGAGGCCCUAAUGUCUCUAAGACCUUGGAUGACUUUGAGAGUUUUGUCUUGUUCAUUGUCCUAGCCAUCUCGGCACUCACCAUGACCUCGAAGGAUGAGCAACAAGCUCGCUCCGCCUCUGAGUCUUUCUACAAAUCGGCCUUGAAACAUCUGCAAGCUAUUGGAGAAUGCCGCCAAAUUCAAGCUCUCCAGGUCUCGCUGCUGCUAUCUCAUUAUUCCAGUAUGUGUCCCGAAAGACUUGACAAUUGGACGUGCAUCGCAAAUGCAGUCAGGAUCGUCUUGGGUUUAGGCCUUCAUCAGGAGUUUUCUGAAGAAAUCGAUGCUGGACAAGCACGCUUACGAUCCGAACUGUUUUGGGUCACUUAUGGAAUGGAAAGAUCUUUAUGCACUAAUCUCAGGCUUCCGCUAUCCUUCCCCGAGGAAAUCAUUACCACCAAAUUGAGAGCACCAUCAUCUGAUGAAGCGAGUGCUUAUUUUAAAGUCGAUGAUAUGAUUAAGAAAUCCUCUGCGAACCAUUUAUAUCGGUAUCGUGCGUUGGAAACCGAGGUGCAUCGAGUACUCUAUCUUCAAGAAGACAUCCCCACGCUCAAUGGAACAACCAUAGGGGACUGGAUGUUGGAUAUUAGCAGCCGGCUAGAGACCUGGUAUGCUGAUGCCCAAACAUACACGCAAUACAAUAUGCUUGAAUUCAAGCAUGUGCAGUUCAACCAUCUAAGGGCUCGAAUUCACCGGCCGACACCUAGGCUAAGAACAAGACUCCCUGAAGAUUGGGGAAUAGUACUAGAGUCCUGUGAGAGACUGAUCGAGGACUAUGUGGGUCAAGAGCGCCGCGGGCGGCUGUUCUAUCCCUGGCACGGCGUACACAUAUUGUUUGAAACCGCCAUGAUAGCGCUGCACGCAUCGUGGUCUUCGCGGGAAUUCCAGCCGUUCAGAAGCCAGGCAGAACACAUGGUGCAAACGCUCCUUCCUCAGUGCCUACAAGUCCUAUCCAACAUCGGGCGACGGUGGGGCGAAGCGACGAGAUGCGCUGACAAGUUGAGACCACUUGUGCAAAGGGUUUCAUCUGCCUUCGUCUGGGCAAACCAACUGCCUGUGCAUGAAGCUGUGUCGAUAGAGGACGAGAUUGAGCGUUUGAUCUUCUCGGACAAGGAUUUGUCAUGGAAUGCCGUUACACUAGAGAACAGCAACCUUGGGUUUGAAGAUGGCUCGCUGCUUAUUGACGAUAUGCUUGUCGACAACCUGGGCUCUCUCCAAUGGGCUCCAGACUGGGAUCUUGUGUUCGGUGAAGUUCUCUAG